CUUUACCAAAGAUAAUUUCUUGCUGAUAGACAGAUAUGAUGAAAAAUCAAGAGAUGAAAUCAAGAAUCGGAGAGGAUUUGGUUGCUAUAUACUACUGGGCAAUUUUAUUGAAUCAGAGAUCAAGAAAAAGGGCUCUUCCUCACUCUGCCACCCAAUGCCAUCUCUCUCCUUCUUCAAAACUAAGAAAUGGUAAAACAAAUUCUUCAGUUAGCAAGAUGAACAAAACUGGAGAAAAGGUGGACUCUUUUGCAAAAGGCAUCAGAGAGCAUGUGAAACUAAGGCCAAAGAUAACAGACACUCUGAAGGACAAGCUGAUUCUUGGGGCAAAACUUCUCCAAGCAGGUGGUGUCAAAAAGGUUUUCAAGAAUAAGUUCAGUGUUAGAGACGACGAAAAGCUGUUGAACGCAUUUCAAUGUUAUUUAUCAACAACAUCGGGUCCAAUGCCUGGCCUACUCUUUGUUUCUACUCACAAACUUGCCUUCCUCAGUGAGAGAUCAAUCAAAAUCCCUUCUUCAACUGGAAAGUCCAUGAGAAUGCACUAUAAGGUGUCAAUCCCAAUUACAAAAAUUAAGAGAGCAAAUGAAAGUGAGAAUUUGAAGAAUCCAUCAGAGAAGUACAUACAAGUAGUCACAGAUGACCAUUUUGAGUUCUGGUUUAUGGGGUUCCUAUAUCAUCAAAGAACCACCUUCAAAUAUCUCCAGGAUGCAAUUUCUCAAGCUCAGUAACUAUAUAACCUUAGAAUACAUAGCCACAUAGUAUGAUCAGAAACAAUUUAUUUCUUUCUUUAUAUUAUAAAAUGUAAACAAAUUAAGUUACGUUGUAAAGCUGUAUAUAUGAUUGAGUAAUUGUUGAAACUCAAACAAACAUUUCCAACUCAA